GUGGAAUGACCAGGGACCCCUAAAGCUCUGGAAGUAAACCAAGAAACUUAGGAAGCUUGUAGCGCCCAGCGCUUGCGCUCCACAGUGAACGUAGGGUAUCCCUGCUCAGAAGUGUGGUGUCCAGGGGUCUGUGGAGGGAUCCGCUUGCGAAGCUGGUGAGAAGGUGCGUUCUUUGGCUUGAGCUGGAGGCGUCUAAGGGAAGUUGCUCCAAAGCGCUUUCGCUUUCACUCUGGACUACGCAGUGGGGGCUACUGGCUAAAUCAAGUGAGGGGCUUGGGGACCCCCCCCCCCGCAAAAGAGGUGCUGAGGUGUCCUGGAUGAAGCACCUGAGAGAAGACAACCAUCAUGGCAGUGGAGUUUAACGGGGGUGUCGUGGUGGGCUCUGAUUCCCGGGUGUCAGCAGGAGCAGCAGUAGUGAACCGCGUGUUUGACAAGCUCUCCCCUCUGCACCAGCGCAUCUUCUGUGCCCUCUCGGGUUCCGCUGCUGAUGCCCAAGCCAUAGCUGACAUGGCCGCCUACCAGCUGGAGCUACACGGGUUGGAGUUGGAGGAGCCGCCCCUCGUUCUGGCCGCUGCAAACGUGGUGAAGAACAUCUCCUACAAAUACCGUGAGGACUUGUUAGCACAUCUCAUAGUAGCUGGCUGGGACCAACGUGAGGGGGGCCAGGUGUAUGGAACCAUGGGAGGAAUGCUAAUCCGACAACCCUUUACCAUCGGUGGUUCCGGAAGCUCCUACAUUUACGGUUAUGUGGACGCAGCUUAUAAGCCAGGCAUGACCCCCGAGGAGUGCCGGCGUUUCACCACCAAUGCCAUCACUCUGGCCAUGAACCGAGAUGGCUCUAGUGGGGGUGUCAUCUACCUGGUCACCAUCACAGCUGCUGGUGUGGACCAUCGAGUCAUCCUGGGAGAUGAGCUGCCAAAAUUCUACGAUGAGUGACCCCCAGAAGCCCCUUCCUUGUUUAUAAUAAACUUUCGGGAGCCGAGGCCGGUGCGAUGGGCCAAGGUGAAAUAUCAGAGGGUAUCAGAGAGUCACUGUGUGGCGGGAGGCUUCCUCAUGGCCCAGAUCAGCAUGCCCCUUCCAUUUUUUAAAAAAUAAACUUUAUUAUUAAAAAACACAAAUAAAGAUAA